CAUGGCCACCAGUGACCUGAUGUCGGAGCUGCAGAAAGACUCCAUCCAGCUGGACGAGGACAGCGAGCGCAAGGUGGUGAAGAUGCUGCUGCGGCUGCUGGAGGACAAGAACGGCGAGGUGCAGAACCUGGCUGUCAAGUGCCUGGGCCCUCUGGUGAGCAAAGUGAAGGAGUACCAGGUGGAGACGAUUGUGGACACCCUGUGUGCCAACAUGCGGUCAGACAAGGAGCAGCUCCGGGACAUCGCGGGCAUCGGCCUCAAGACGGUGCUGUCGGAGCUGCCCCCCGCGGCCACAGGCUCCGGGCUGGCCAUCAAUGUGUGCCGGAAGAUCACCGGCCAGCUCACCAGCGCCAUUGCCCAGCAGGAAGAUGUGGCUUUGCAGCUGGAAGCCCUGGACAUCCUCUCGGACAUGCUGAGCAGGCUGGGCGCCCCGCUGGGCAUCUUCCACGCCAGCCUGCUGCACUGCCUGCUGCCGCAGCUGAGCAGCCCACGCCUGGCCGUGCGGAAGCGGGCCGUGGGGGCGCUCGGCCACCUGGCAGCCGCCUGCAGCACCGACCUCUUCGUGGAGCUCGCAGACCACCUGCUGGACCGGCUGCCCGGCCCGCUGGCGCCCGCCAGCCCCACUGCCGUCCGCACCCUCAUCCAGUGUUUGGGCAGCGUGGGUCGCCAGGCCGGCCAUCGCCUGGGGGCCCACCUGGACCGCCUGGUGCCCCUGGUAGCAGAGUUCUGCAACCUGGAUGAUGACGAGCUCCGGGAGUCCUGCCUCCAGGCCUUCGAGGCCUUCCUGCGGAGGUGCCCCAAGGAGAUGAGCCCCCACGUACCCAGGGUGACCAGCCUCUGCCUCCAGUUCAUGAAGCAUGACCCCAACUAUAACCACGACAGUGACGAGGAUGAGGAGCAGAUGGAGACCAGCGACAGCGAGCUCAGCGAGACAGAGAGUGAGGAUGAGUACAGUGACGAUGACGACAUGAGCUGGAAGGUUCGCCGGGCGGCAGCCAAGUGCCUCACCGCGCUGAUCGCCUCGCGGCCCGACCUGCUGCCCGAUUUCCACUGCACCCUGGCGCCCGUGCUCAUCCGGCGCUUCAGGGACCGGGAGGAGAACGUCAAGGCCGAUAUCUUCGGGGCGUACAUCAUGCUGCUACGACAGACACGGCCCCCCAAGGGGUGGCUGGAGGCGGUGGAGGAGCCCACCCGCACCGGCAGCAACCGCCACAUGCUGCGGACCCAGGUGCCUCUGGUGAUCAAGGCCCUGCAGCGGCAGCUCAAAGACCGCAGCGUCCGGGCCCGCCAGGGCUGCUUCAGCCUUCUCUCCGAGCUGGCGGCCGCCCUCCCUGGGAGCCUGGCUGAGCACAUGCCUGUUUUGGUGUCAGGCAUCGUCUUCUCCCUGGCUGACCGCUCCAGCUCCUCCACCAUCCGGAUGGAUGCCCUGGCCUUUCUGCAAGGGCUGCUGGGCACAGAGCCAGCUGGGGCCUUCCACCCACACCUACCCACCUUCCUGCCGCCGGUGCUGGCCUGUGUCGCCGAUCCUUUCUAUAAGAUCGCGGCCGAGGCGCUGCUGGUGCUGCAGGAGCUGGUGCGCGCCAUGUGGCCGCUGGAGAGGCCCCGGAUGCUGGACCCGGAGCCCUACGUUGGGGAGAUGUCCAUGGCCAUCCUAGCACGACUCCGUGCCACAGACCUGGACCAGGAGGUGAAGGAGCGGGCCAUCUCCUGCAUGGGCCACCUGGUGGGCCACCUGGGUGACCGGCUCGGGGACGACCUGGACCCCACCCUGCUGCUCUUCCUGGAGCGUCUGAGGAACGAGAUCACCCGCCUGCCCGCGGUCAAGGCGCUGACGCUGGUGGCCAGGUCCCCACUGCAGCUUGACCUGCAGCCCAUUCUGGCCGAAGCACUGCCCAUCCUGGCCUCGUUCCUGCGCAAGAACCAGCGGGCACUGCGGCUGGCGACCCUGGCCGCCCUGGACGCGCUGGCCCAGAGCCAGGGCCUCAGCCUCCCGCAGCCUGCUGUGCGCACCGUGCUGGCCGAGCUGCCGGCUCUGGUCAGCGAGAGCGACAUGCACGUGGCUCAGCUGGCCGUGGACUUCCUGGCCACGGUGACCCAGGCCCAGCCCACCUCUCUAACUGAGGUCAGCGGCCCAGUCCUGACGGAGCUGCUGAAGCUGCUGCGGUCCCCGCUGCUGCCCGCGGGGGUGCUGGCCGCCACCGAGGGCUUCCUGCAGGCCCUGGUGGGGACCCGGCCCCCCUGCAUGGACUACACGGAGCUCAUCAGCCUGCUCACGGCGCCCGUGUAUGACCAGACCGGGGACGGCGGGAUGGGCCUCCACAAGCAGGUGUUCCACUCCCUGGCCAGGUGUGUGGCCGCGCUGUCGGCUGCCUGUCCCCAGGAGGCGGCGCGCACCGCCAGCCGCCUGGUCUGUGACGCCAAGUCGCCCCACUCGAGCACAGGGGUCAAGGUGCUGGCAUUCUUGUCCCUGGCUGAGGUGGGCCAGAUGGCGGGGCCCGGCCCCCAGCGGGAGCUGAAGACCGUGCUCCUGGAUGCCCUGGGGUCGCCCAGUGAGGACGUGAGGGCCGCGGCCUCGUACGCGCUGGGCCGCGUGGGUGCCGGCAACCUGCCCGACUUCCUGCCCUUCCUGAUGGCGCAGAUCGGGGCGGAGCCGCGGCGGCAGUACCUGCUGCUGCAGGCGCUCCGGGAGGCCCUGGGGGCCGCCCAGCCCGACAGUCUGAAGCCCUACGCCGAGGCCGUCUGGGCCCUGCUCUUCCAGCGCUGCGAGGACGCCGAGGAGGGCACCCGCAGCGUGGUGGCCGAGUGCAUCGGGAAGCUGGUGCUCGUGAACCCUCCUUUCCUUCUGCCCCGCUUCCGGAAGCAGCUGGCUACGGGUCAGCCACACACACGGAGCACAGUCAUCACAUCUGUCAAGUUCCUCAUUUCGGACCAGCCCCAUCCCAUCGACGCCCUCCUGAAGAGCUAUGUCGGAGAGUUCAUGGAGAGCCUGCGGGACCCAGACCUGAAUGUGCGCCGCGCCACUCUGGCCUUCUUCAACUCAGCCGUGCACAACAAGCCCUCGUUGGUCCGAGACCUGCUGGGCCACAUCCUGCCCCUGCUCUACCAGGAGACCAAGGUCCGCCGGGACCUCAUUCGAGAGGUGGAGAUGGGGCCCUUUAAGCACACGGUGGACGACGGGCUGGACGUGCGGAAGGCGGCCUUCGAGUGCAUGUACUCGCUGCUGGAGAGCUGCCUGGGCCAGCUGGACAUCUGCGAGUUCCUCAACCAUGUGGAGGACGGGCUCAAGGACCACUACGACAUCCGGAUGCUGACCUUCAUCAUGCUGGCCCGCCUGGCCACGCUAUGCCCGGCACCCGUCCUGCAGAGGGUGGACCGACUGAUCGAGCCACUCAGGGCCACCUGCACAGCUAAGGUCAAGGCCGGCUCUGUGAAGCAGGAGUUUGAGAAGCAAGAUGAACUGAAGCGCUCAGCCAUGAGGGCGGUGGCCGCCCUGCUGACCAUCCCGGAAGUGGGCAAGAGCCCCAUCAUGGCUGACUUCUCCGCCCAAAUCCGAUCUAACCCUGAGCUUGCCACCCUCUUUGAGAGCAUCCAGGAUUCUGCUCCGGCCCCCAGCACGGAUUCCAUGGAGCUCAGCUAGUGGGGAGAGCCCUGACAAGCCCGGCCUCCCUCCCCCUCCUGCUUCCCUCUUCUUCCUACAGGGGCUCCUGCCCCUGUUCCAGUGCCUUCCGCAGGGUCUGGCCCACAGACCCCAGCCUGAGCAGAGGCCUUUUACCUCAGGAUGGCUCCCAGUGACCCCCACCAUGCCAAACCUCCAAAGCUGGGGAGCCCCCUCUCCUCUGCACAGCUGGCACCCCAC